AUGGCAACCAACCUAAAUGCUUUAGAGUCCUUUGACUGCGAAGGUGACAUUGGAUCGGUUGGCUUAAAAUGGGAAAAGUGGAAAAGAGCUUUUGAAAUCUACAUUGAAGCAACAAAUAUUGACACUCCUCAGAAAAAAAGGGCUACAUUAUUGCACGUCGGUGGCUUAGGUAUCCAAGAAAUUUAUUAUAAUUUACCUGGCGCACACAUCGCUACAUCGGAGGCUAAUCAGGACACCGAUGUGUACAAAAUUGCUUUGGAAAGUUUGGAUCGUUAUUUUGCCCCGAAACAGAGCAAACUAUUUGAAAGGCAUGUUUUUCGUCUUUUAAAACAAGAACCGGAAGAACAUUUCGAGAAAUUUCUGGUACGAUUAAGGAAUCAAGCAGCAAAAUGCACCUUUGUCAAUUCAGAAGAGCACCUUAUUGACCAAAUAGUAGAAAAAUGCCAUUCACCUGAAUUAAGGCAAAAUAUUUUAACUCUUGGGGAUUCAGUGACACUGGAUAUGAUUAUAAUAGAAGCCAAUGCAUUGGAACCAGUUAGCAGACAAAUGGAAAAAUUUGGUGAUAAGAAACCAUCUUAUGAAGUAAACAAAGUUACAAGUAGGAAUAUUAGAAGCUCCCAAGCUCCCGAAACUAGCACAUCAAGAUCGUGUUAUCGUUGUGGGAUAGAAGGCCAUUUAUCUUAUAAUUGUCCAGAUAAGGAAUCAUUUUGCAAGAAAUGCCGCCGCAAGGGACAUAGUACAAAGAAUUGCCGAACAAGAAACGAAAAACGAAAGCACGAGUCGUCUGGUCCUCCAAAAGAAUUUAAGAAGCAUAAAACUAAUAAGUCUGCUACAAAAUAUGAAGAAGGAAACGUCAACUACAUUUUCCAUAUUGACCAAGAUUAA